AUGGGUGUUCCCCGUUUAGGGCGAUUUCUGGAGCCGUUUGGAAAAGUUCUUCAUUUUCAAGUUCCCCCCACUGGUUCUCCUGGAAGUAUAGUAAUAGACGGGCCAGCAUUUGCUUACUGGCUUUGGUUUGCUGUCUCUAUUCCACCUCCAAAUUAUCGUGCGUUCCAAGAUGCCAUCCUCAAUUUCCAUCAAUUUUUGAUAAGCUUAGGAUUUCGUACUAUAGAAUAUGUAUUUGACGGUGGACUCCCUUAUUCUAAACAUCAAACGCGAAAAGCAAGAUAUCAACAGAAUAUGUCGGAUCCCAUCAAUGCUUAUGUCCAUCUUUGUGUCCCAAUUGCCCAUCAUGUUCUGAAAGGAAUUGCUGGCGCAAAUGUCGUGGUCUGCAAUCAAGAAGCUGAUAAAUAUUGUGCACUUCGAGCAAGAGAAUUAGAUGGUAUUGUGCUUAGUCAGGAUUCGGAUUUGCUUCUCUUCAAUUUAGAAAACCCUCAUACUGGUUAUGUGCCUUUACAUUCCAUUUCAAUUACUUCGGAAGGCUUACAGGGAAAGCUCUACAACUUUCAAGAAAUAAAAAGGCAUCUUCCAUUUGAUAUAUAUUUAUUAGCUGCUUACUUGGGAGUCGAAGGCCAUCCAGAAGAUCAAGUCAUUGACUACCACAGCAGUUUUCAGCAAAUUUGUAAAGUACUAGAAGAAAGCGUGAAAACGGGAACUUUGGAAAAACUCAUUUCAACGCAAGAGUUACAUCGUGUUCACAAAUUCUAUUUAUUAGACGAUAUUAGUCUAUCUUCUCAGUUGAACGAUUUCAUGUGGGGAAGGGUACAAGAACUUUUGCAUUCUACAUUGGAGCCUCCGGAAAUGUGGCUUCCUCAACUGCCUGAAUUACCAGCUCGUCCAUGUAGUUGGACUGAAAGUGCACCCCUAAGAUUGCAGGCAUAUGCAAACUUCUUUUCCAAUCAAAAAUCGAAAACGGAAGUACUAGAAUACUCACGGAAAUAUGCGCAGCUAAGCAAAAAACUCAUAUCGAUAAAAUUUGACUAUGCUUCAGUUAUAGACACAAUGCAAAAUAAGUUUGCUAAUUGGCCUCUUCCACACCGACUCGUCUUAUGGACUUUAAGGUGUCUAAAAAAUCUUACAAACAUCGCUGCUACGAGCUUUCUGUUAAUGCACACUAGUCUCUACCUAAAUGCCCCUUUACGUUUGCAAUCUGUUACGCCAACUCAAGAAGGUACUGCAUUGGUUUCACGUUAUAUUGCUACGAGCUACUCAUUGUGUAUGUUAGUUUUUAGUGAAUCUGAUAAAGGCCGUUCCAUCGAUCUUCAAAGUUUUUCAUCCUUCAGUCCUCUUUCGAGUACGGUCAACUUCUGCUUAUUUCAUGAAGCAAUGGGCAAACUGAAAACAGGAAGAAGUCCUUUUAGUAUUGUUUCAGAUAGAGCCACUGCCGAAUUGACUUACAAACUGUACAAAGAUCUUUCCGCAGACUACCAGGACAUGGACAUAAUUAUAAAUAUUUGGAAUACACAAACCACUAAAAAGAAACGUAAAAAAAUAAAUUAA